AUGGCCGUGGUAUCGCAGCAAACACAAACCGAAGGUCCCAAAGAAGGUCCAGAAAAGUCGACUCAGCAACUAUUCUUGCACUCUGCCCACACCAUGAUGUCAUCCGGUAUCGCUCUUUUGGGAGCCAUAAACAUAUCGCAUUUGGGGUCAGCGACUCAGCGCUCCAAUUCCUUGGUACUUUCUGGAGCUCUGCAAGCACAUCCCUGGUUUCAUGUGCUGGCAACUGGCGUGCUCGCGACUAACAAUUCAACGAUAUGCAGGAGUUCCGAAGAAACGCCUCCGCCUCGAGAUGAACCGCAGGAAGAUAAGCAAACGAAAUCGGACCUAGCUGACGGAAACCGAACCACGCGGAUGCGGUCUAGUCCCAAGAACCAUUUCUUGCUUUGA